AUGCGUCUUCUUCUCUUGUUCCUUCUCUUCCCGCCAUUGAUAUUCUCUCUGAACCAGGAAGUUCUCUACCUUCAGCGAGUCAAGCUUGGCUUUGACGACCCAGAUGGAGUUUUCUCCAACUGGAACGACCGUGACAAAAACCCUUGUAACUGGUACGGAGUCACCUGCGACUCAGUGGCUAACUCGGUUAACUCACUGGACCUCUCCAACUCCAAUAUAGCUGGACCGUUCCCUUUUCUACUCUGUCGCCUUCAAAAUCUCAGCUUUGUCUCUCUCUACAACAACUCAGUCAACUCAACUUUCGCCGGCGAUUUCUCCGAAUGUCGGAAUCUGGAGCAUUUAGACCUAGCUCAGAACUUGCUCACCGGUACACUGCCAGAUACUUUAGCAGACCUCCCCAAUCUCAAAUACCUCGAUUUGACCGGAAAUAAUUUCUCGGGCGACAUUCCUGCCAGCUUCGGAAAGUUUCAAAAGCUCGAAGUGCUUUCACUGGUUGAAAACUUACUCGGCGGUGUGAUUCCGGCAGUUCUCGGCAACAUUUCGACUCUGAAACAGCUGAAUCUGUCCUACAAUUCGUUUUUAAAGGGUCGGAUCCCGCCGGAGCUCGGAAACCUCACGAACCUCGAGGUCCUCUGGCUCACCGACUGUAACCUGUUUGGUGAAAUUCCUGACUCGCUGGGUCAACUCAAACGAGUCAAAGAUUUGGAUAUAGCUGUAAACAGUCUAAACGGUCCCAUUCCGAGCUCACUCACUGAGUUGACCAGCGUUGUUCAAAUAGAGCUGUACAACAACUCGUUGACCGGCGUCUUACCAGCAAGAGGGUGGUCAAACAUGACGGCAUUGCGAUUACUGGACGCUUCGAUGAACGAGUUGACUGGUACGAUUCCCGACGAGCUGUGUUCGUUGCCACUCGAAUCGCUCAACCUCUACGAAAACCAGUUCGAAGGUAACUUACCGGAAAGCAUAUCAAAUUCCCCGAACUUAUACGAAUUACGGCUGUUUCAGAACCGUUUAACCGGAGAUUUACCCAAAGAUCUCGGCAAAAAUUCACCUUUAAAGUGGGUUGAUGUGUCCAGCAAUCAGUUUUCCGGCGAAAUUCCGAAAAGUCUAUGCGAGAAAGGCCAAUUAGAAGAGAUUCUAAUGAUAUAUAACUCAUUUUCCGGUGAAAUUCCGGUGAGUUUGAGUGAGUGCACAAGCUUGACAAGGGUAAGGUUGGGCUAUAAUUCUUUUUCCGGCGACAUUCCGGUGGGACUUUGGGGGCUUCCGCAGGUGAGCCUGCUGGAGCUUAUCGACAAUUCAUUUUCCGGCGAAAUCGCGAAAACUAUAGCCGGAGCAACGAAUUUAUCGGCUUUGAUUAUAUCAAAAAACAAUUUUUCUGGUUCUAUACCGGAAGAGGUUGGAUAUUUGGAAAACUUGGUGGAGUUUUCAGGUGGGGAUAAUAAGUUUUCUGGGUCUUUACCGGCGAGUAUUGUGAAUCUUGGACAAUUGGGAAGGCUUGAUCUUCAUGACAACGGACUUUCUGGGGACUUUCCAAGUGGAAUUCAUUCUUGGAAGAAGCUAAAUGAGCUCAAUUUGGCUGAUAAUAAACUUUCUGGGAAUAUCCCAAGUGAAAUCGGAAGCUUAUCUGUGUUGAAUUAUCUUGAUCUAUCAGGAAAUCAAUUUUCGGGGGAAAUCCCAAUAGGGUUACAGAAUUUGAAGCUAAAUCAGCUCAAUUUUUCGAAUAAUCGACUUUUUGGGGAGAUUCCACCAUUGUAUGCUAAGGAAAUGUACAGAACUAGCUUUCUGGGGAAUCCUGGAUUGUGUGGAGAUAUAAAUGGUCUGUGUGAUGGUAGAAGUGAAGCUAGGAGCUUGGGUUAUGCUUGGUUAAUGAGGUCAAUCUUUCUUCUUGCUGGGGUAGUGUUCAUUGUAGGUGUGGGAUGGUUUUACAGGAAGUAUAGGAAUUUCAAGAAUGCGAAAAGGGCUAUUGAUAAGUCGAAGUGGACAUUGAUGUCGUUUCAUAAACUGGGUUUUAGUGAAUAUGAGAUAUUGAAUGCUCUUGAUGAAGAUAAUUUGAUUGGAAGUGGGUCUUCUGGGAAGGUUUACAAGGUUGUUUUAAGCAAUGGUGAGGCUGUUGCGGUGAAAAAGCUUUGGGGAGGUUCUAAAUUAGCCGAUGAGAGUAGUGAUGUUGAGAAGGGUCAGUUUCAAAACGAUGGUUUUGAAGCAGAGGUUGACACAUUGGGAAAGAUUAGGCAUAAGAACAUUGUUAAGCUAUGGUGUUGUUGCACUACUAGGGAUUGCAAGCUUUUGGUAUAUGAGUACAUGCCUAAUGGUAGUUUGGGUGAUUUGCUUCACAGUAGCAAAAGUGGAUUGUUGGAUUGGCCGAUAAGGUAUAGGAUAGCUUUGGAUGCUGCUGAGGGGCUCUCGUAUUUGCAUCACGAUUGUGCUCCUCCGAUUGUGCAUCGUGAUGUGAAAUCGAAUAACAUUCUCUUAGAUGGAGAUUUUGGAGCCCGGGUGGCGGAUUUUGGAGUGGCAAAAGUGGUGGAUAAAAUUGGAAAGGGAACCAAAUCCAUGUCUGUCAUUGCAGGGUCUUGUGGCUACAUUGCACCAGGUUUGUGA